GGAUUACAGCCCUGCGCCGCCUGCCUCAGGGCGGCUGGGCGGCGUGAGCGCUGCCCUUCUCGCAGGGGAAGGCGAGGGCGGUGGGCUACGCCCGCGCAGGACAGAAUGGGCGUUUGUGCGUGUUGCACAGGGCUUCGGGAAGGUCGGAGCAGCCCACGAGGCGAGGCCCGAAGCUGGCGGGAGCGCCGAGGCCUCCGACCGCGGCUGGUGUCGGAUGCCUACGUGGCCUGGGAGCUGGCCGCUGGGUACAACACCUCAGCGCAGGGUCCUAGAGACCGCUGCUUUGGCUGUCCCCGGAGGUCCCCCCUUCGUCAUCUAUUCCACGCUGUCGCCAGUACCCCUCCAACCACUCCCCCCUCCAGUUGAAGAAGCGGGAGCAGGCAGCCACUGCAGCACACACCUUCUUCGUGAUGAACCCUAUGCAUCUGCAGAUGCGGGAAGACAUAGCCAAGUACAGACGAAUGUCGGGGGUCCGGCCCCAGAGCUUCCGGGACCUGGAGACGCCACCAUACUGGGCUGACCACGAUGCUGGCCUGGAGCUCCUGGCUCGCCAGGAGUGGGGACUGGCACUGCCCAGGCUGGAGGAGGCCCUGCAGGGGAGCCUGGCCCAGGUGGAGAGCUGCCGGGCCUCCUGUGAGGGGCCCGAGGAACAGGAAACAGAGGAGGAGGAGGAAGAGGAGGAUGGGGCUGGUGUCCAGGGUGGCCUCUAUGAGGCCAUCGCAGGAUGCUGGAUUCGGGUCCUGCAGUGCCGGCAGCGCUGUGUGGCUGACAUUGCCACGCGUCCUGGCCGCAGCCUCCCUGUCCCCGACUUCUUCCCCAGCCAGCUGAGGUGUCUGUACCAGGCCCAUGCUCAGGUGGGGAAUCUGUCUCAAGCCGUGGAAAAUGCCCUGGGUGUCCUGCUCUUCUACCCGGAGGACGAAGCUGCCCAGCAGGCGCUGACGCAGUGCCAGGCCCAGCUGGGGGAGCAGGGGCUGCGCCUCAAACCCAGAGAGGACAUUCAGAGCUUCGUGCUUCGGUCCCUGGGGGAGAAGAGGCAGCUGUACUACGCCGUGGAACACCUGGGUGCCCGCUUCCAGGACCCUGAUCCCUGGACCCCAGAAUAUCUCAUCCCGGAGGCACUCAGGGCAAAGCUCAGAGAGGAUCAGGAGAAGAAGCCUUGGGAUCAUGAACCUGCAGAGCCACAGCCCUGGACCCACUGGAAGGAUGUCCUCCCCCUGGAGGGGGUGACCCUGACCCAGGAUGCCAGGCAGCUGAACGGGUCAGAGCGAGCGGUGCUGGACGGGCUGCUGACGCCGGCUGAGUGUGGGACUCUGCUGGAGCUAGCACAGGAUGCCGCUGGGGCCGGAGCCAGGUCUGGCUAUCGAGGUCGCCGCUCCCCUCACACCCCCCAUGAGCGCUUUGAGGGGCUCACCGUGCUCAAGGCUGCACAGCUGGCCCAAGCUGGCACCGUGGGCAGUAAGGGUGCAAAGCUGUUCCUGGAAGCCAGCGAGCGGGUGCGGACCCUGACCCAGGCCUACUUCUCCCCGGAGCGGCCUCUCUACCUGUCUUUCACCCACCUGGUGUGCCGCAGCGCUAUAGAAGGGGAGCAGGGCCAGCGCAUGGACCUGAGCCACCCCGUGCACGCAGACAACUGCAUCCUGGACCCCGACUCAGGAGAGUGCUGGCGGGAGCCCCCUGCCUACACCUACCGAGACUACAGCGGAGUCCUCUACCUCAACGAUGACUUCCAGGGUGGGGACCUGUUCUUCACACAGCCAAACGCCCUUACUGUCACGGCCCAAGUCCGUCCCCGAUGUGGACGCCUCGUGGCCUUCAGCUCUGGCGUGGAGAACCCUCACGGGGUAUGGGCCGUGACACGGGGGCGGCGCUGUGCCCUGGCACUAUGGCACACAUGGGCCCCAGAGCACCAGGAGCAGGAGUGGGCAGAGGCCAAACAGCUGCUACAGGAGCCUGAGCAGGAGCAGGCGGAGGAGGAGGAAGCACCCAGCAGAGAGCCUGGCCCGGAGCCCCCCAGCCGCCAGCCCCAGUGGGUUCAUGACGGAGCUGGGAAGGUGCCCCGGGUCCGGGAGGAGCUGUGAGAAGCUGAGCCGGACCUU